GGCGGCGCGGGUGGGGCGCAGGAGCCGACGCGGAGCAGCCCGAGGCGGCGGCCGCGGGGAGGGGGGGCGGGAGCGCGGGCCCCGAGCCGCCCGAGACACCCGGCCGGCGGCACCCCCGGUGCGCCGCCCCGGAGUUAACCACGUGAAACUUUUCCCUGCGCCCCUCGGCGCCGCAGCUCCCAGCCGGCGACCCCCCGCCCCCGCCGGGACCGCCGCCCGCGGGGAGCAGGGGGGGGAGAGGCCCGCGGCUCCCCCCCCACCAACGCCGCCCGUCGGGGCGCAGCCGGGCGCGGGCCCCGGGCGAUGGCCGCGGAGCUGGCGAUGGGCGCCGAGCUGCCCAGCAGCCCGCUGGCCAUCGAGUACGUCAACGACUUCGACCUGAUGAAGUUCGAGGUGAAGAAGGAGCCGCCCGAGGCCGAGCGCUUCUGCCACCGCCUGCCGCCCGGCUCGCUGUCCUCGACGCCGCUCAGCACGCCCUGCUCCUCCGUGCCCUCCUCGCCCAGCUUCUGCGCGCCCAGCCCGGGCACCGGCGGCGGCGGGGGCGGCGGCGCGGGCGGCGGCAGCGGCGCGUCUCAGGCCGGGGGUGCCCCGGGGCCGCCGAGCGGGGGCCCCGGUGCCGUCGGGGGCGCGUCGGGGAAGCCGGCGCUGGAGGAUCUGUACUGGAUGAGCGGCUACCAGCACCACCUGAACCCCGAGGCGCUCAACCUGACCCCCGAGGACGCGGUGGAGGCGCUCAUCGGCAGCGGCCACCACGGCGCGCACCACGGCGCGCACCACCCGGCGGCCGCCGCGGCCUACGAGGCUUUCCGGGGCCAGGGCUUCGCGGGCGGCGGCGGCGGCGGCGCGGACGACAUGGGCGCCGGCCACCACCACGGCGCGCACCACCCGGCGGCCGCCGCGGCCUACGAGGCUUUCCGGGGCCAGGGCUUCGCGGGCGGCGGCGGCGGCGGCGCGGACGACAUGGGCGCCGGCCACCACCACGGCGCGCACCACCCCGCCCACCACCACCAUGCCGCCCACCACCACCACCACCACCACGGCGGCAGCGCGGGCCACGGCCACGGCCACGGCGGCGCGGGUCACCACGUGCGCCUGGAGGAGCGCUUCUCCGACGACCAGCUGGUGUCCAUGUCUGUGCGCGAGCUGAACCGGCAGCUCCGCGGCUUCAGCAAGGAGGAGGUCAUCCGGCUCAAGCAGAAGCGGCGCACGCUCAAGAACCGCGGCUACGCGCAGUCAUGCCGCUUCAAGCGGGUGCAGCAGCGGCACAUUCUGGAGAGCGAGAAGUGCCAGCUUCAGAGCCAGGUGGAGCAGCUGAAGCUGGAGGUGGGGCGCCUGGCCAAGGAGCGGGACCUGUACAAGGAGAAAUACGAGAAGCUGGCGGGCCGGGGCGGCCCCGGGAGCGCGGGCGGGGCUGGUUUCCCGCGGGAGCCUUCGCCUCCGCAGGCCGGGCCCGGCGGGGCCAAGGGCGCGCCCGACUUCUUCCUGUAAGCGCCAGACCCCGAGCCCGCGCCGCCAUCGCCGGGGACAAGUUCGCGCAGGCCUCCCGGGGCUGGGCUCGGACUCCGCGGUCCCGGACGUGCUGGCCCCGCUGCGAAGUCUGCGGGCGCGGGGCUGGAGGCUCCUUGGCUCCCGGCCCCGGUUCGCGCGCGUCUGCCCGGGUCGCCGUCCUGACGUUGCGCGGGGGACGGUGAUUUCCAAGGAAACUUGAGCCAGGUCUAACUUCUUUCCGAGCGUCCAGUUGUACAUAUGUCGAGCGCGGUUCUCCGUUCCCACUGUCGCCCUGCCCGCCGAGGGGCUGCGCAACCGUCCGUCCCUUCCCGGGUAGCCCCUGCCUGCCCCGGUCCUCCUCCUCCGUUCUCGUCUCAGCUUCCCUUUCCCUGCCUUUUUAAACUCCUCCUCCCCCUUUUAAAAUCAGUCUUAUUUUCGAGGUAUUUAUAUUUAUUAUGCUUGGUGAUUACGAAGGAAAACUUCGGAGGAAGCCCCUUCCUUCCCCAGCCGGCUCCGCCCUCAGUCGCGAGUCGCAGCAUGUGUCGCUCGCCAGGAGAGGCCCGGCCCCUGCCUGCCCCCUCCCCGCUUGCCCCCGACCCUGCUACUGGCGUUCCCUGGGGGUGAAGCCAGGGACGUCACCUGUGCUGUGUCCAGGCCUGCUGUCCUACUAUGCUCAUGGGGGGAGGGGGGUGAGUCCUGUGCUCAGCUGGGUGGGGCUGGCCCGGACCCCGAGCUGCUGUCUCUAUGCACCAGAACGUAUCUAUGACUCCUGGGAAAAUAUAUCUUAUUUUAAUCUUCAAGAGAAGUGAAAGAAAAAAGUAAUGCAGAGUAUUUCUAGCAGAAAAGAAAAUUUUUUUAAGAGGAGGCUUUGUGGCCAGAGCCUCCUGGCAUGGGGCGGGUGGAGAAAGUGUUUUUAUUUUAAUUUAAAUUGUGUUUCGUUUUGUUUGUGGAGUCUUUCUUUAAUGCUUCAUCACUUUUUGGACUAGCGGGGAGAGAGAGCGAGGAGGCGGGUGCUCCCGCUCCUGUAGGCUUCGCCAGGCCCCUGGGACCUGCCCAGUUUUCUGAGGCCCUCAGGGGCCUUCUCCGGGAUUGCAGCCCGUCCGCACCCCGCCCUUGAGCACUCGGAGUGGAAGACGCGCCAACUCGUUGGAAGUUUUGUUGUGUUGUUGGUUUUCGUUCGGUUCUUUUUUCAUUUGCUACGAAACUGAGAAAAAGAAAAAAAAUACACAAAAUAAACCCGUUUAGAUCCAAGUCA